GUAUUUAAUGUCCUAAUUUUUGGUAUGUGGCUAGCCAAAAUGUCCUAAUAAACACUUUCUAUAUAGGAAAAAAAUACAGUGUAUUCCCAAUUACACAUCAACAGCUACCCUUCUUUGCAUGUGUCAUCUUCCCCAAUCAAUGAUUAGAUCAAACUCCACCUGUCAAACCCACAAAUCAUUACACCUAGUCACAAACCAAGGUAGGGAACUUCCCUAUACAUAGAGUUCAUACGAAUAAAAACCACUAAUUUCGUAGGUAACCAGGAAAAACUAGAGAGACAAACACACCGUAGUUAUGGCUACCUUGCCAGGAUCGGAUCCCAGUAGCCAUGGCUCCUUAUUGGAGUCACCCUUACUCCUUCCAUCCAAAGAUUCCGGAUGGGAAUCCGGACCCGGAUCCGAACCCCAUAAGCUUUGCAUAGACGACAUGUUACAAAAAUACUGCGGAGAAUUCGGGUCCUGGCAAUUGAGACACUUUGUUUUAACAAGCCUCGCAUGGGCUCUAGAAGCUUUCCACACCAUGGUCAUGAUAUUUGCGGACCAGGAACCUGCUUGGCGGUGUACAAAAGGGUCAGGGUCAGCGUGUGAUGAGGAGAAAAGUGUUUGUGGGCUUGAACCAGGGUCUUGGGAAUGGAAAGGUGGUUCAGGAAGCUCCACCGUCGCUCAGUGGGGAUUGGUUUGUGGGGAUAAGUAUAAGGUUGGGCUUGUUCAAGCCUUGUUUUUUGGCGGCUGCAUGAUUGGUGCAGGAAUAUUUGGUCAUCUAUCAGACUCAAAACUGGGAAGAAAAGGCUCCUUAACGGCAGUUUGUAUCUUAAAUGCCAUCUUUGGUUGCCUUACAUCAUCAGCCCCAAACUAUUUCACAUAUCUCCUACUCCGCUUCCUAACAGGAUUCAGCACCGGAGGCGUUGGCCUGUGCUCCUUUGUCCUGUCCACUGAACCUGUUGGCCCAACAAAGCGUGGUGCUGCUGGAAUGUCCACAUUCUAUUUCUUUUCAAGUGGAAUAGCAUUACUCUCAGGCAUAGCUUACAUUUUUCCUGCGUGGCGUGCUCUUUAUAUUGCCUCCUCCAUUCCCUCUAUCCUUUUCCUUGUUCUGGUUAUUCCUUUUAUCUCCGAGUCCCCACGUUGGUACCUUGUCCGUGGGAAAAUGAAUGAAGCAAUGAAAAUUAUGCGCACCAUAGCCAAGUCUAACGGAAAUCACCUUCCUGAUGGGGUUAUCCUUGCACUGGAUGAUGAAGCUAAUGAUGCUUCAAAUGAUAACCAGAGUUGCAAAGAAGCAACAAUGAAAAAAGAGGCAAUCACUGGUUCUGUUGUAGAUGUAGUUCAAUCACCAAUCACUCGUUUCCGACUGUUUCUAGCAGUAGGAAUCAACUUCACUUGCUCUGUUGUGUACUAUGGCCUUAGCUUAAAUGUUGUCAACCUUGAGACAAACCUUUACCUCAAUGUGCUACUUAACGCCGUAGCUGAAAUGCCAGCAUUCACAAUAACAGCACUUCUGUUGGAUAAAUUUGGGAGGAAGCCAUUGGCAAUUGGGACACAAUGGUUUACUGCAAUCUUUUGCUUUAUGGGUUCCCUGAUGGGAAAUGUUGGAAUAUGGAAAGCAAUAAGAAUGUGCUGUGGGAUUCUGGGGAUAUUUGGCAUGGCUGGAACUUAUAAUCUGUUGUUUAUCUACACAGCUGAGCUCUUUCCUACAGUGGUGAGAAAUGCAGCCCUUGGAUGUGCAACUCAGGCCGCCCAAAUGGGAGCUAUUUUGGCACCAUUUGUUGUGGUUUUGGGUGGUGGCUUUCCAUUUCUAGUGUUUGGGGUAUCUGGAUUGAUUGGAGGGAUGCUUGCAUAUUACUUACCAGAGACGCUGAAUAAGCCAUUGUAUGACACAAUGACAGGAAUGGAAGAAGGAGAGAGAGCUUGGAUAGUUGCCUGAAAGUAACUUUUUCAAUGUUUGUCACACAGCUUCAUUACAUCAUCGAGCAUCUAAACUUCACAUAAUGGGAUUUUCGCGGCUUUUUUAUCAUCAAACAACUGCUAAUAUAUGCAACAGACUCAGAAUGACCAAAAUUUCUCUUUUAGAGAAAAAGUCAUUGGUCAAGCAGAAAUAGAACUUGAGGCCUAAACAGUUUGUCCAUAGUGUAAAUUACACAUACUUUGAGACUGUUUAAUGUUCCUUUCCUUUCUGUAAUCUUAUUAUCUGUUGCUGGUUUUUAUGCUUCUGCACUUUCAAAGGAUAGUAUUUGUUAUCUGAUAUACAAACCUGAA